GAAAUUACUCACAUGUUUUGACCUGCUCCUCUGUCCUGAAAAUAGGGAUAACCUUUAGGCCUUACUGUCCAAGUUGAAUCAUCUUUUUUUCUGUUCACAUGAUUCCUGAUUAAAGAAGCCAUUGCUGGAUUUUUGUAGCUCCAGGAUUUGUGAUUGUGGUCCAAUAUAUAUGUACAAACAGUUUAUAGAAAGCUAAGCCCUUUUUGUACCACAGAUCAAAUCCUGUAGCUGAAGCCACGACGAUUCUUUCAGAAAAACAAUCAUGGGUUACGGUAAUUCAAGAUCUGUAAGAUUUCAGGACGAUCUUGAAUUAGCAAAACGCCCUGCAAUCAAUGGAGAUGGAGUGAUUAAGCUCAAGUACAAGAUUGAUGGAAAACAAAUACCUGAGACCAGUACCAAGAAGGCUGAGACAGAGGUCUACGGGAAGGCCGGAAAAUUCCUGAAAACAAGAGUGCUGUCCAGAGUGUUCUCUGAAGAUUUUGAGAGAGUGAAGAAAAGAAUAUUGGAUCCUAGAGGACCAACAAUUCGCAGAUGGAAUAAAAUAUUUUUAAUAGCAUGCAUAAUUUCUUUGUUUGUAGAUCCUCUGUUUUUUUACUUGCCAAUAGUAAGAAAUGAAGUGUGUAUAGAAAUUGGAGUACCCCUUGAAGUGUUUCUCACAAUUAUCAGAUCACUAUCUGAUGCCUUUUACAUUAUUCAGAUAUACAUUAGAUUUCGUACAGCUUAUGUUGCGCCGCCUUCUCGUGUAUUUGGGAGAGGUGAGCUUGUCAUUGAUUCUUCGAAAAUCGCUUUACGGUACCUCAAAAAGGCCUUCUGGAUCGACUUCAUUGCAGCCCUGCCACUUCCUCAGGUGUUGAUUUGGAUUGUUAUCCCCAAUCUUAGCGGCUCAACAAUGACAAACACAAAAAAUUUCCUUCGGUUCAUUAUCAUUUUCCAGUACCUUCCUAGGCUGUUUCUUAUAUUACCACUUUCACAACAGAUGGUUAAGGCCACUGGAGUUGUGACAGAAACAGCUUGGGCAGGAGCUGCUUAUAAUCUUAUUCUCUACAUGUUGGCAAGUCAUGUUUUAGGAUCUUGUUGGUACCUGCUCUCAAUUGAACGACAAGAAGCAUGCUGGAGAAGUGCCUGCAAUGAUGAGAAGCCAUCAUGUCAAUAUAAAUAUUUCGAUUGCCACAGGGUUGAAGACUUUGGCAGAGAUUCCUGGUUCAAAUCAAGCAAUAUCACCAACCUUUGUGAUCCAAACACUAGCUCCUAUGAGUUUGGUAUAUAUGGUGAUGCAGUCACAUUUGCUGUCACAACAGCACCAUUCUUCAACAAAUAUUUUUACUGUCUCUGGUGGGGCUUAAAAAACCUGAGCUCUUUGGGACAAAAUCUUGCCACAAGCACUUACGUUGGAGAAAUAAGUUUCGCAAUCAUUAUCGCGACACUCGGGCUUGUUCUCUUUGCAUUGCUUAUUGGGAAUAUGCAGACAUACCUCCAGUCCACAACAGUGAGAUUAGAAGAGUGGAGAAUCAAGAGAACCGAUACAGAACAAUGGAUGCGUCACAGGCAGCUACCUCCAGAGUUAAAGCAAUCUAUCAGAAAAUAUGAUCAAUAUAAAUGGGUAGCCACUAGAGGAGUUGAUGAAGAAGCUCUUCUCAAAGGCCUUCCAAUGGAUCUCAGGAGAGACAUCAAACGCCACCUCUGCUUCAAUCUAGUUCGACAAGUUCCAUUGUUUGAUCAAAUGGAUGAAAGGAUGCUUGAUGCAAUAUGUGAGAGGCUUAAACCUGCCUUAUGCACUGAAGGCACAUUUCUUGUACGUGAAGGUGACCCUGUCAAUGAGAUGCUAUUCAUAAUCCGAGGCCACCUUGAUUCUUACACCACCAAUGGUGGCCGAACGGGCUUCUUUAACUCAUGUCGCAUUGGCCCUGGGGACUUCUGCGGUGAGGAACUGUUGACAUGGGCUUUAGACCCCCGCCCGAAUGUCAUUCUGCCUUCAUCAACUCGAUCAGUCAAAUCCAUUUCAGAAGUUGAGGCAUUUGCUCUAAGUUCAGAUGACUUGAAGUUUGUAGCAUCACAAUUUCGAAGACUACAUAGCAAACAGCUUCGACACAAGUUCAGAUUCUACUCACACCAGUGGCGAGCAUGGGCUGCUUGUUUCAUACAGGCAGCAUGGCGCCGGUUUAAAAAACGAAAGGAAGCAGCUCAACUAAGGGCUAAAGAGAACCUUGCCGCUGAGGCUGAAUGUCCCCCACCUCCUUCAGGAUUAUCUAUGUAUGCUGCAAGAUUGGGUGCAAGUACUAGAAGAGGCAAUAUGAAUAAGCAUUCUGGGUCUGAUUCCCGGGUUGUUAGUCCAUUGCAAAAGCCUGCAGAGCCAGAUUUUUCCGUAGAUGAGGAAUGAGUAGUGUUAACUAUAGUUAUGGGCGAGCUGCGUCUGUACUCUGUACAUUGUUAUUCUUUAAUUAAGCUAAAAAUAUGGGGGCGUUCAUAAUAUUUCUUUAUUUAUUGAUGUAUUUGUAAGGUGACAGUUGGGAAAUUUUGUUACAUAGUAAAGACAUCUUUGUUCUAAUUUUUCAAAGUGAUGCAUGUUGUAGCUCAGAAAGGGGAAAAAAAAAAGUUUGGCAAUAUAUUGUGGUAAUUAAUAUCA